AACAAUAAAAUAAAGCCCACUACUCGCUGCUCCUGUAAAGAAUCCGAAUUUUGCACAAUAAUGGCAAUAUCGUAAUAUCACUAUGACACAAUACUCCAUGGCACGUAUUCUUCACUCUCAGGCCAUCUCAGCGUCCAUCCACCAUGCAGCACCGAGGACCAGUGGCCGUCGUGCCUGCUGGGGGGGGCCAUCAUGCGCCAAGACCUAGUGGCCCCAUCAACCAUGCCCCCAGACCUAAUGGCCCCACCAAGACCACCAGUAACACCACCACCACCAUCACGAAGACCAGUGUCACCUCCUCCUCACCCAACAUGGACAGCACGCUCAGCCUAGUGAAGCAGCUGGUGACCCACUUCGUCGAGGCUUCCUUUGGACAGUGUAGGGUGAGAGACAGGGACCAGGAGGAGGCCUUCAAAGGGAGGCUGAAGGUGCUCGUCUACUCCAUUCUCCUCUCACACAGGAAAGACUACGCGCGGGAGAACUCAUCUUUGCGGCUGAACGAACUGGAGGAGGUGAUCUGGCACACCCACGUCUUGCGCCAGCAACGGAGAUUCGACGACGGCAACGCCCUGGACGGCUGCCUCCACGCCCUCAGAGAACGAGGGCACUUGGAGGCCGGGAGUGAUGUGCGGACAGUGAUGAGGUUCCUGGUGGCUCUGAAGGGCCAGGGCGGGGCGGUGGGGGAGGUGCAGCAGCCCAUCCUGGCUGAACUCAGACCCAGGAUUGUGCACCAGAAGGAGGUAUAUAUGUAUUGUGAGAUCAGUUCCACAGCCACACAGCAAGUUUGUAAGCUCCCAACCUAA